UGGCUGCUUUGGUAGUCAGCUCUUGGCCCAGGAAAACUGCUUUAUUCAAAGAAAGAAGCAGCCAGACAGGAAAACCAGCUCUCAAGCCCAGUCCAUGGCUGAGGAAUGACUCACAAUCAGUCUCAAGAAAGCACUGGAGUCCACUGGAGGCAUCAUGAUUUGGACAAAUGGUUUAAGUCUCGUCACUGGAUUUCUGAUGGGCUUUCUUCUCCUGUCCGUGUUCACCAGGAAGGUGGUGCCUGAAGAGAACAUCAUUGCAACCAAGAAGGGCAAAAUCAGAGGGACCAGCCUGCAGGUGCUGGGGGGGACAGUCACAGCCUUCCUGGGAAUCCCUUACGGGCAGCCCCCCGUCGGGAGGCUGAGAUUCCAAAAACCAGAACCUCGGGAGAAAUGGGCAGAGGUUUGGGAUGCCACCAAACACGCAAACUCCUGUUACCAGCCCAUAGACACAACUUACCCAGGCUUUGCUGGCUCGGAGAUGUGGAACCCAAAAACCAACCUAAGUGAGGACUGUUUAUACCUGAAUGUGUGGAUCCCUUCUCCCAAGCCCAAGAACGCCACUGUCAUGGUGUGGAUUUAUGGUGGCGGCUUCGAGUCUGGGUCCAGUUCCCUGCCUGUCUAUGAUGGGAAGUUUCUGGCCAGGGUGGAAAGAGUGGUCGUGGUUUCCAUGAACUACAGGACUGGUGCACUGGGGUUUCUGUCCUUGCCAGGAAACCAGAAAGCUCCUGGAAAUGCAGGUUUAUUUGAUCAAAGGUUGGCACUUCAGUGGGUCCAGGAGAACAUAGCAGCCUUUGGAGGCAAUCCCAAAAGCGUGACUCUGUUUGGAGAGAGCGCUGGCUCGGCCUCUGUCACCUAUCACCUCCUUUCUCCUGAAAGCCACCCUUUGUUCACCAGGGCCAUCCUGCAGAGUGGGUCUGCAAAUGCCCCCUGGGCUGCAAUUACAUCUUCUGAGGCCAGGAACAGAGCAGUGGCUUUGGCCAAACAGCUCCAGUGUCCCACCAGCAACGAGUCAGAGCUCAUUUUCUGCCUUCAAAACAAGGACCCGAAGGAAAUAGUGGAAAAUGAAAUUUUUGCCGUUCCAUAUGGUUCUCUUUUACAAAUAUAUUUCUGUCCGAGCGUGGACGGCGAUUUUCUGGUGGACAUGCCAGAAGUACUGAUGGAGAAUGGUCUUUUCAAAGAGACCCAGGUCUUGGUGGGUGUCAAUAAAGAUGAAGGGUUAUCAUUUCUGGCAUACGGAGUCCCUGGCCUCGACAAGGAUAGCGAUGGCUUGAUCAAUAAAACCCAGUUUGAAGCAGCUUUAACUCUGGCCUUCCCAAGAGCGAGCAAACUUGCGAUAGAGUCGAUCAUCUUCCACUACACGGACUGGGAAAACCUGGGAAAGCGGGAGCACUACCGGGAUGCCAUCGAUGAUGUUAUCGGGGACUACAACAUCAUCUGUCCCGCCGUGGAGUUCGGCACCAGCUUCGCCCAGCUGGGCCACCACGUGUUCUUUUAUUUCUUUGAGCAUCGCUCCUCCAAGCUGCCCUGGCCGGAGUGGAUGGGGGUCCUGCACGGCUACGAGAUCGAGUUUGUGUUCGGACUGCCCCUGGAGAGGAGAGUGAAUUACACCAAAGCUGAGGAGCUCCUGAGCCGCUCUAUCAUGAGACACUGGGCAACUUUUGCCAAAACUGGAGCUCCAAACGGGACCCUGACGAAUGGAACAAGGUGGCCAGUCUUCACUAGCACUGACCAAAAAUAUUUGACACUGAGCACCAACACUUCCAAGGUACUGACAAAACUACAAGCUCAACAGUGUCGAUUCUGGAAACACUUUUUCCCCAAAGUCAUGGAAAUGACAGGAAAUAUUGAUGAAGCAGAACGAGAGUGGAAAGCAGGAUUCCAUCGCUGGAACAAUUACAUGUCAGACUGGAAAAAUCAAUUUAAUGAUUACACCAGCAAGAAGGAGCUGUGCAGUCUCUAAUUAAUAUGUUUACUCUUUCCAGUUUGUCCCUAGAACUGUUCAUCAGGCAAAUAUCCAGGUAGCUUCCCAACCUGUCGAGCAGUAAAUAUAUUAUGCAGAUUAAAAGGAAAUGUUACAGAUA